CAAAACCCCACUAGCUUCCUUUACUUAAAAGUUAAAACUUAAAACAGACUUCCCAUUUUCAACCGGAAACAAAACAACCCCACCUUUAACCGCCGGUCAACAACCUCUUUCGCCGGUGACAUAUCUCCGAUCAACUGCAACAUCUUCUUCAUCUCACUCUCAUCCAUGUCGUCAGCACUCAACCUUAAAACGACGCCGUUUCUUCUCUAUCUUAUUAUUAUUCUUACACUAUCGUUCUUACCGCCGGCUCUGCUGAUCAAUCCAACGGCCGGAUCUCGAUCGCUAUUACGCGCCAUCUCCGGCGGAUCAGAUCAGUCGGAUUUCGCCGUUGAUUUGAACGUCACUAACUUCGAUCAAGUGUUCAAGGAUACUCCAGCUAGUUACGCCAUUGUAGAGUUCUUCGCUCACUGGUGCCCGGCUUGCAGAAAUUAUAAGCCUCAAUACGAAAAGGUUGCUAAGCUUUUUAAUGGAGCCAAUGCGGUUCAUCCAGGCGUUAUACUGAUGACACGCGUAGAUUGCGCGAAUAAGAUUAACACUAAGCUCUGUGAUAAAUUUUCGGUUACUCAUUACCCGGCGUUAUAUUGGGGGGCUCCUCCUAAAUUUGUCGGUGGUGGGUGGAAUGGAAAAAACGAAAAAAGCGAAAUUCGUUCUAUCGCUGUUGAAGAUGCACGAACCGCUGAUCGUUUGCUUAAAUGGAUUAAUACGCAGUUGGGAAGCUCAUAUAGCCUCGAAGAUGAGAAAUUUGAAAAUGAUCACCUUCUUCAUUCAAACGUGUCAGACCCCGCACAGAUUGCACGUGCUGUAUAUGAUGUUGAAGAGGCUACAUCCUUCGCCUUUGACCUCAUUGUAGAACACAAGAUGAUUAAGCCAGAUACAAGAGCUACACUUAUAAAGUUCAUGCAGUUAAUGGUGGCCCAUCACCCUUCCAGAAGGUGUCGGAGGGGAACUGCUGAUAUACUUGUUAACUUUGACGAUUUAUACCCAUCUAAUAAGUGGCUGGCAGACAAACACGAACCCGAUAAUAGCACCGGACAUGGUCCUUUGGGUAAAUUUGACGUCUGUGGAAAAGAAGUUCCUCGCGGAUAUUGGAUGUUUUGCCGAGGCAGCAAGAAUGAGACCAGGGGCUUCAGUUGUGGCUUAUGGGUUCUGUUACAUUCACUCUCGGUCAGAGUAGAAGAUGGAGAAAGUCAAAUGGCGUUUACAACUACCUGCGAUUUUAUCCACCAGUUUUUCAUCUGUGAGGAAUGUCGUCAACAUUUCUACGAUAUGUGCUCAAGGGUUUCUACUCCAUUCAGCACCACGCGUGACUUUGUACUCUGGUUAUGGACCUCACAUAACGAAGUCAACACAAGACUAAAGAAAAUAGAAGAAUCUCAAAAAACCGGCGAUCCCAAGUUCCCGAAAACAAUCUGGCCAACAAAACACCUUUGCCCGUCUUGCUACAAGGACCCUAAUCAAAACGAAGAAAGCAGCUCGAUUGAUUGGGACCGUGACGAGGUGUACAAGUUCAUAACCGGUUACUACGGAAACAUGCUGGUGUCAUUGUACAAGGAGAAAGACAAGCAACAUGUUCUGAUGAAAAGUAGUGCAGUCUCGGAAGAAGUAUUGCAAUCAACGAAUGCACUUGUGGUUCCUGCGGGGGCCGCUUUGGCGAUCGCGGUGGCUAGCUGUUUGUUCGGUGCACUUGCUUGCUUUUGGCGGUCGCGGCAAAAGAACCGGAAGUAUUUUCAUAAACCCCAACUUUUAAAGAUUGUAUAAUUAUUAGAUGAAAAUUGAGUGUCAAGUUAGAUACAUUUUUAAAUUUUAACACAUGAAAGAGAUAUUAACGGGAAGAAAAAGAUUUGGUUUUGUGAGGAAUUUGGUAAUUUUUGUAAUGAUUUUGUUGGAAAAAAUUUUCAGGAUGAGAAGAAAUCGGAGCUGAUGUGAGUCGAAUAUGGUUGGUGUGCAAAAGCAAGUGAAUUAAGGCCCCUUUCUCAUUUCUUAUUAUGUGACAUACAUCCAUGAUGAUAUGACAUGACAGUAUAUGAAAGAAUGAGUAUAUACGAUAUAAUAUUAUGGAAUGUACAGAUCUGAAAGAAACUGUAUCUUUCUUUUUUGACUGGAACGAAAACUGUACUGUAUUUGGCUUACAUGUAGCAGAAAAAACUGAUGAUGCAUGGUAAUGUAUAUGUGCAAAUAUAUGUA